CACUGAUUGACCUACAAAAGCAGAGCGCGUUUCGUUCUAGAUUUAUAUUUGGGGUAGUUCCGAGCCUAUAAAUUCAGAGCGACUAGUUUUUGCUGAGACACAGAUACUUUAUUUUGCUACUGGUAAAACCAAGUUAUUAAGAAAUGUCAGAAGUAAACGAAAGUGAAUGUGAAGAAUUCUUGAACAUUAUUAAGUUGUCUUUGGAGGAAGAUAAAAGUCAUGUUCAUGUUGUUGUGAUCAUCGGAGCCUCUGGUGACUUGGCAAAGAAGAAAACUUAUCCGACUUUAUGGUGGUUGUUCCGUGAUGGUCUUUUGCCCCCUCGAACUUACUUCGUUGGGUUUGCACGAUCUGAUAUUGGUACCCAGGACAUAAGAGCAGAAAGUGAAAAAUUUGCCAAGCUCUCAUCCUCUCCAUGUCAAAAAUAUGAAGAAUUUUGGAACUGUAAUUUUUACUUGAGAGGAGAUUAUACGAAUCCAAAAACAUUUGAAUUACUAAAUAAGUUUAUAGAGUCCAAGUGGGAACAAUCUGUUAAUCGCAUAUUUUAUUAUGCUAUACCACCGUCAGUUUAUAAACCUGUUUCAUCAUCUAUUAAAGAAUUUUGUACUAACAAAAACCCUGAUACGUGGACUCGAUUGAUCAUUGAAAAACCGUUUGGACGAGAUUUAGAGUCAUUUAAUGAAUUGAAUUCUGAAUUAACUAAACUGUUUACAGAAGAACAGAUUUAUCGAAUCGACCAUUAUUUGGGCAAAGAGAUGGUUCAAAAUCUACUAAUUUUACGAUUCUGUAAUCAGGUCUUCAGUCCACUGUGGAAUCGUGAAAAUAUUGAUAACAUUACAAUAUCAUUUAAAGAACCAUUUGGAACCGAAGGACGUGGUGGAUAUUUUGAUCAAUUCGGAAUUAUUCGCGAUGUUGUUCAGAAUCAUCUUAUUCAAAUUCUUUCAUUGGUAGCAAUGGAAAAACCUAUUUCAGUUAAUGCAGAUGAUAUACGUGAUGAAAAGGUUCGUGUGCUUCGAAGCAUUGAACCUCUAACAAUAGACGACAUUGUAAUUGGACAAUACAUUGCAGAUCCAAAUGCAACAAAUCCACCUGCUUCGUUGUCUUACACGGAUGAUCCGUCAGUUCCUAAAGAUUCCAUAACACCUACUUAUGUAUGUGCUGUAUUAUAUGUGAGAAAUGAUCGUUGGAAGGGUGUUCCAUUCAUUCUCCGAGCAGGGAAAGCACUAAAUGAACGUAAAGCAGAAGUCAGAGUUCAGUUUAAAGAACCUCAUAUUCAUCUUUUCGGUUCAAAAGAAGGUCUACCACGUAAUGAAUUAGUUAUACGUGUACAACCGGACGAAGCAGUUUAUAUUAAAUUAAAUGUGAAAUCUCCUGGUAUGAAAUUUCAAACAGAAGAAACUGAAUUAGACUUAACUUAUGCUCAGCGAUAUAAAGCCAUCAAACUACCCGACGCUUACGAACGAUUGAUUCUCGAUGUAUUCUGUGGAGUUCAGACAAAUUUUGUACGUUCUGAUGAACUACGCGAAGCUUGGCGUAUUUUAACACCGGUAUUAAAAUACUUGGAAGAAAAUAAAGUCAGUCCAUAUCCAUACGUUUAUGGGAGAUUCACCUACUGUUUUGAAACUUUUAUUGACAAUUCAUAAGUUGAACUCGCUAUCUCAAUGAAGUAUGCAUUAAUGGGUUCAGUCUAGAUUCACCCGAACAUCAUGCGUUUGUAUUUAAAACUUUGCUUAUUGUAGAAGCAUCGUGCUUAAAAACUAAUGCACUUUUUUGCUUACUGAAUCUAAAAGGAUACUUUUAUAACUGUUUUUACACUAGUAUAUAAACAGUUAAAUAUCUGUCCAUAAAGAAUUGUGGAUCCGUUUGGAUAGAUGGAAUAGACCUGUCCUAUCGGCUGUCAAGUGUUUAUUUAAAAAACACCAACCAUAGUUAUUACAUGUAUCUAUGUUUAUUUUAAAAAAAAUUGCCUAAAUCCAUUGCUUAUUAGUCUUGUUUAUGUUAAAAAACGUCAGUUAACUUAAUUACCAUACUUAUCAACUCAACGGCUACGUACUCAUGGUAAUUCUAAGAAAUUUUCAAUUUAUAGAAUGAAUAAAUGAUGUACACUAUUGAAAAAAACCGAAAUCGUGAUUGAAUAUUUAUCUAUUACCUCGAGUUUUUAGUUAUCAGAUUUAGGUCAGUUCUGAACUAAACGCAAGAACAUCUUUAACAGAGUUGCUAUUGAUAUAAUCUUCAAUGGCUAAAUCGAUUUCAGUGUUAUUGACAAAUGAAAUCGAUUUUGAUCAAUGGUUUAUACCAUGUACUCACAUCUGGAGAAAGAGUCAAUUAGCUAUAUCUGUUGAUUAUAAAGGCUUAAUUGUAUGAUACUGCAACUAUGUGCUCACGUAGUAAGCUAUUGAUUAACUGAUAUUAAAUAUUACUCAGUUUAAUUUAUGCAAAUCUGACUAUAAGUAAGUCAUAUAAAAAGUGAUGUAUUCAUAUAUUAAAUUAUUCCCGGGGUCAUAUUAAAUUCAUAUAAGUAGUCUCUGUGUUUUAACUACGCGCCGUCGGAUUUUAGGGUUUCGUACCAAGGAUAAGUCAUUUAAGCAGUCAACAGACAUAUCACUUAUGUACCAUCAGUUACGGAAGCCACGGAAUAUUGUUCGGCCUGCUUUACUGCAUCAUAAAUCGGACUGAAUCUAAGAUUCCAACCACAUCUAUUACCAGCUAAGUAGACUUGACACUUAGAAUUUGAUGAAUAGUGCAGGACGACUUAUAAUUAAAAGAAAAGCAAGUACACAUAUGGAAAUUACUCUUUAUAUUCGUAAACCAAAUGUCCGUUAAUUUAUUUCCAUAUUUCUAUUUCAGUCGUAAUGGCCCGAAAGAAGCAGAUAUUUUGUGCAAAAAAGCAGGUUUUCAAUACUCUGGUACAUAUGUUUGGAAAUCAGGUUAAAAAAUAUUCAUUCCGUCAGUUUGCGAUAACUCAAUCAAUUAUAUAAAAGAUCCACAUGUUUUAACUUAUUUGAAUGCCUUAGUAAUUAUGAACAGAACAUUCGACUUAUUUGUUUCUUUACAGCCGAUUUGCUUUAAGAUUUUAUUGUAAUAGCACUUUUGUAAUAAUAUUGUCACAACAAACUAUAUACAAAUAUAUAAAUCUGAUUAAUAUAUAUAACUCGAAUACGAUAGUAGUUGUUGUUCGGUUAGUUUUAUAAUGCACAUUGUUUUGGACCAAUAAACAGCACUUUCAGCCAUUAUUGUAAACCAAUGUUACUGUUUGACACCGCAGCAUUUUCAACUUAUAAACACC